UUUUAUGACUGUUACUGUUAUUAUUGUAUGGCUACUCUUACGGAAGCCGAUUCCAGCAAUAUAAUUGGUCAAAAUGUUACUGUUAUUGGAUUCUAUUCAUAAAAUAAUUGCGAAUAUAACAAAUGGCGUAUCGUAGGUUUGGUAGUUAAAACAAGAUAACAAAGACCAAAAAUAAACCUAUGUGUAUAUAAUAUUGAAAUGCUGCCAUAGAUAAAAUAUAGCAUAAUAUUGCGAACAAAUGUAAAAUAGAAAUCCUGUAUGAAAAAUAUGUGUGGUUGGACUUAAGGUAUGUUUUCAUGUUAUAAUGAAAGCCAUGGUUUUGUCGCUGCAUGUCUGUACGAUAGCAUGAUAUUUGAUAUUAAUAUUUUAGAUAAAGAAACAGAUUAUUGUUUAAUAUAUUAAAGUAUUAAUAUUGAAGUGAAUAUUUUUAUACAAAAAUUGGAUAUGGUUAGACAAUAUACAAGUUGUAAUUUAUUUGUAAAACAAAUUCGAUCUGUAUUAUAUCCUUAUAGCAGACUGAUGUACUCUAACAGAAGAACUAAGAAGGAAUUAGAGUAUAAUUGUGCCCAUAAUAAUUAUAUUUUGAAAAUAUUAAAUGAUAAGAGAAUUGAUUAUUUUAAAAGGUAUAAGAUUUCUGAAUCACAUGCAAAUAAAUUGCAUUUACAUCGUGAAAAAUAUGGUUCAUAUAAAUCAUUAGAAGAUAUAUUAGAAAUACAAGAUAUGACAAAAGAGAUAUUAGAUGCAUUUAUACAUUCAAUUAUUAAUGACAAACAGUAUAAAAAUUUGCAAAGUUUCAGAAGAUCAAUUAUUUUCCCUUCAGCAGAUAUCCCACGAGAGCAAAUAUCUACUGUAUUGGGGAUCUACGUAGGAACAAAUAUUGUUAGUUGGGCAUUACUUGAAUCUAAAGAAAAUAUAUUGGAAUGGAAAUAUGAAAAUUUCUUAGAAGUUCCAAAAAGUGAUUAUACUUUUGAACUAUUUAAUUUGGCUUGGAAAUUAAUGUUAAAGAUUCCUAUGGCUGAUGCUUAUGUAAUGGAUGAAACAAAUUUCAAUUGUACCUUGUUAAAAUCUGUAAAGCAAGUAAAAGUAUUUUUACAGAGAGAAAAAUUGAAAGCAAUAAUUUUAGCUUUUUUAUCACAAAAAAAUUUAUUGCAGGGUACUUCGAUGACUAAUGAAGACAACAAAAUUUCAUCACUUACAAAGAAUAUUUACCUACUGAAGUAUGAGAAAGUUGUGAAACUAUUUAACCUUCAUGUAGGUUACGAAGUAAUCUCUUCUGGGAGAGUAAUUAAUAAAUUACUAUAUGAAGAAGAUUGCAUAAAUGAUGAAGAAAAACAUCCUGUUGGUGUAUAUAUACAGAAGGACAUAAUGCAUAGUUAUAACAACGAAAUAAAUUACAUAAAAGAUCAAAUGAAUUGGUCUUUAUUGAUUGCUUUAACAUUCUUACAAUUAGGUGUUCUUGAAAAAUAUGGUUAUGAAUUUGUUUGAGAUUGUAAAGAUGUCAAAAAAUUAAAGAAGUAUUCCAUUCUCUAACUUUUCUUUUCUGUUUCGAAUCAUUUUAUUGCAAUUUUGCUAUGUAUGCAUCAAUUAUAUACGCAUAUGCAUCAAUUAUACGUGCAUAUAACAUUUUAGAUACUAGGAAGAACUAAAAAAUAAUUGUUAAAUAUGAAAAAUAGAAAGCAGAACAUGAAACUUAGUUAGUAUAUAGUAAAGCACAAAAGAUUCAUAAGUAAAAGAAGAUGCUAUGAUAGUAUAUCGGUCAAUAUUUUACCAUUACAGUUCCAUAAAUUGAGCAUCUGCAACAUUAUUAGUUCAACAUAGUUUAGAAUCAUGUUGCAAAUUAUGGUGUUGAUAAAACAUUAUCAGCACAAAUAUAAAGCUUUAUCUGAAAAUAUCUUGGAAAAAAUAAGAUUGCUCUAUAAGGAUAUAACUAAAAAAACUUCAUUUUAACUUUGUGUUUGUGAAUUGAAUCUAGAUUACUGUAAACAAUGUGAACUGUAUAAUGAAUAUAAAGAAUAUAAUGAA